AGCAACCCUGAUUUUUUUUAAGUUGAACGUUGCCAAAAUUUGUUUUGAAAAGUUACAGCAUUAAGGUUGCAGUUUUCCAUUCAUUGGUUUGAAGGCACUACAUUUCAAACAUGGCUUCCAUGUCACUUGUGAAAUAUGUGGUGGUUAUUUUCAAUUUUCUUUUUCUGUUGUGUGGCAUGGGAGUCGCUGCAAUGGGUGCUUACACUAUCGCCAAUGGUGAGAAGGUUGGAGCCCUGAUUGGAGAGAAUUUAAUGGAGAAUGGAGCUUACCUGUUACUAGCAGCUGGGGGAGUCGUCAUCUUGGUGUCUAUGGCGGGGUGUUUUGGCGCGCUCGCCGAGAACAAAUGCCUUCUGGUUUUAUAUUUUACGGUCCUGUUGGUAACUUUCAUAGUAGAGGCUGCAGCAGGCGUGAUAGGGUUUCUCUUCUAUGGACAGCUCGAGCCAUUUUUGACAAGUAAAGUCAAAGAUGCACUAAGUAGUAAAUAUGGACGCAGCGAAUACAACCUGAUCACUUUAGCAGUGGAUGAAUUGCAAAUGGAGUUUCAGUGCUGCGGUUUCCAUUCACCGAGUGACUGGAAUAACGCCACUUACUUCAACUCUAGUGCUGCUGUACCCGUGUCCUGUUGUGUGGACAGGAACGUGAAUGGUUGCAAUUCGGUCAUUAACAACAGCACCAUCUACUCACAGGGAUGUUAUACGAAGAUGCUAACUUGGAUCCAAGCAAACGUCGAUUUGUUGGGAGGUGUUGGCAUUAGUGUGGCUCUCUUCCAGUUACUUGGACUUGGUUUUACAUUUUGUCUAUGUGUUCGUGCUGGAAAAGACAAAAAAGGCGGAAGCGACUCUCCACGUUUCCGCGAACCUCCCCGCUCCCGGCGAUAAGCAACAUGGACUUUUUGUGCCACCAAAGUGUUCUCUGUGUAAAUUUUAGUUUUUGGAUUGAAAAUAAAUUAUCUUAAUUCUAUGUUGAAAA